UUUACUUAGUGUGCGUUGUCUAUUUAUGACGAGUCUAUGUUAUUAAUUCCGUGGAUGUAACCAGAGUUGUUAAUUAGUUAUUCCACAUCCAGGAAGGAAAACAAGCCCAUAAGGACCAUCAGUCAGCACUUACGAGGCAGGACAGCGCUCUAUAAAAAGAGAGGGGAGCCGCGAGAAAGACCACAGACUGUGAGGAACUUCUUCCAGCAGGACCGCAUCCAGCGCUGCCUUCGUUCCUUCAUCCGGUUCUCCUCAAACUGCCUCCGUCCGGGAGACUCGUGGGGGUGAGCGCGCGCUUGGGUAGCCCUGGUUCAUUUCUGGCUCUUUUGCGCACGAGGACGGGGUUGAUAAAAAAGGUCGGAGCGCGCGCGCUGACAGCAAGUCUCUUCUCAGAAGGAUCAACCUGAGCAGCAGAGCUAAUGGACGUCUCCAGGCUUCUGCUGUCCGUCGUCAUGGUGAUGUCCACGUCUGAUGGGACACCAGAAGCAUCAGAUUCUUCCUGCUUUCACCUGGACCAGGAUAGAUAUAAAGUUAUUAAAGGUGAAGCAUUUUAUUAUGUGCCCUACGAUUUGGAUGACCCCAACCUGCCUGAUGCAAACAUUACGUGGUACAAAGACGGGUCAGAGGUCAUGAAUAUCACCACAGACGAGGCACACAGGAUUCAUUACCAUGGAGGAGCGCUGUUUUUCUUAAACAUCAGCGCUAACGAUGCUGGUUGUUAUUCUGCCAGGCACAUUGAGCCAUCAGGUGAAUGUUUCUACUAUCAUCUGAAGAUCGAGGUCUUCGAUGGAACAAGUCGAGAGAAUCUGACCUAUGGAUCUAUCCGAAACUCUGACCAGAACAAAAACAUUCCUUGUCCGCAGCCUGUUAAAGACACAUGCAAAACAUUUAACGGGAACUUCACCUGGUUCAAGGGCAAGAAUCUCAUUCCUGGUCAACACAAAGAAAGCCUGUGGGUAAAUGAUGCAACAAAAGACGAUGAGGACAUUUACACCUGCAUAUGUACCUGGACUCACAACCACAAGGUGUACAACUCUUCUGGUUCCAGGAGACUGUUUGCUCUAGAGAAAGCCGUUUAUGAAAAAGUAAAAAUCAUCUCUCCAAACACAACGGAGCAGCUGGUUAAGAAAGGCUCCAGCGUGAAGCUGAACUGCACUGUUUACUGUGGGAUUAAUGCAGUGAGGGACUGUGAGGCCACAUGGUUUAUUAAUGGAAACCCAGCAAAGCAGAUGGACGGAUACAACGAAACCACCACGUUAGAGAUCAUGGAUCCUUCAAAGAGAACCUUCUCCACAGCGACCCUGGCCAUCGCACAGGUUUCAGCAGCAGAUUUCCAGCAUGAGUUUAAGUGUCAGGGCUCAGGAUUUUAUACAGUAACCUCUGCAACUUUAACUCUGAAGAAAGAUGAGAAAGCCGUUUAUGAAAAAGUAAAAAUCAUCUCUCCAAACACAACGGAGCAGCUGGUUAAGAAAGGCUCCAGCGUGAAGCUGAACUGCACUGUUUACUGUGGGAUUAAUGCAGUGAGGGACUGUGAGGCCACAUGGUUUAUUAAUGGAAACCCAGCAAAGCAGAUGGACGGAUACAACGAAACCACCACGUUAGAGAUCAUGGAUCCUUCAAAGAGAACCUUCUCCACAGCGACCCUGGCCAUCGCACAGGUUUCAGCAGCAGAUUUCCAGCAUGAGUUUAAGUGUCAGGGCUCAGGAUUUUAUACAGUAACCUCUGCAACUUUAACUCUGAAGAAAGAUGGUUAGUGUCAGGACGCGUUCCUAAACUUCUGCCUAUGAUAUGAUAUUUGUAGAAGCAACUGUUAAUGUUGCAGGUGAUAUAUUAUGCUGACCCAAAUUAACAAUCAUCAUGCUGGCAUAUCCAGGUUUAUUAGGGUUGUUUUGUGUGUAUGUUUGAUUACUUACCUUGUGUUACUUAUAUUCAAUUUUUCUUGGUAAGUUCUGUUGAUUUUUCUGUCGUUUCUAAGGUGUUGCCAUAUAAGCUAAUUCCUCUGUGUUUGCUUAUUUUUGUUUUGUUCUGCAUCCUGUAAUGGAGGGUCCUUCACAUGUGUGCCUUAAAAUUCAUUCAGACAGCUUUUUAGUUCUCUUUAAUAACUAGAAAGAUGAAGCCCUAAAGUUCCUAAACUGGCUCCCUGAAGUGAAGACAGUAGGUUGUAAGGCUGCGUUCACACUGCAGGCUGCAGUGACCCAAUUCCGAUUUUUUUGACGUAAUGCCAACUUUAUCCGAUCUUUUCAUGACAGUCUGAACAACACAGAUCGGAUUCUUUUCGAAUGUGAUCCAGGCCACUUGCAUGUCGGAUACGUAUCCGAUUCAAAUGUGACCUAAUGUUCAGGUCGCAUUCAUCCGAACUGAACGUCACUGAUACUCAACAAAUUUGCGUCCUGAUACGCGCAAGCACCGUUAGAAACCAUAUUUACUUCUUCUUUUUAUGAGCACUUCUUCUUUUUAUGGCGGUUGGCAGAACAGCGAGGACGCUGACGUUAUUACGCCCUCUACUGCACAUGCGGGACACUUUCAGGUCGUUUGCCCGUUGAGACUGCAGAACACAUACAGGUCGCAUAUUUGUGGCAGUGUGAACGGCCCAGGCAAAAAAAUUAGAUUUGACACAAAAACAAAAAAAAAUCGGAAUUGGGUCACUUCAGGCUGCAGUGUGAACGCAGCCAAAAACGCUUUUGUUAGCUUGUAAAUCACUUAAUGGCUAAGUCCAAGACACAUUAAAGGUGUGUUGUCGGUUUAAAAAAUACAUUAAGCCACCUGUUGUCGUAUCAAAACUCCAGCACAUUCAGGUCUUCUAGUUCAGGUUUACUUUGCAUCUCCAAACUCAGAACCAAACAUGGAGUAGCAGCAUUCAGUUUUUAUUCUCCACUAACGUGGACUGCACUUCGAGAAAACUUCAAAAAUGCUGAAGCACUGAGUACCUUUAAAUUAAGGAUGACAUUUUAUUUUAUAUAUAUUUUCUUUUAGCUUAGUCCUUAAUAACUACUGGGAUAUCAUAAAGUGUAGUCUGAUUUUCAAGCUGACAUCAUUGUCCCUUACUUUGCCAUGAAUGAAAUUUUUUUUAUGCUUGUUUGUUGUUGUAUUUUAUUUCUAGUCAUGUAAAACACGUUGAAUUACUUUGUUGCUGAAAAUGUACCAUUCAAAUAAAGUUGCCUUCCCUUCC